AUGUCUAUCCGCGAGGAUCUAGUCACCUCUGCUAUUCAAUUCCUACAAGAUCCUAGCGUCGCGUCAUCCUCGGUCGAAAGUCGCAUAUCGUUCCUUCGAAGCAAGAACUUGACCCAAGAAGAAAUCGACGCCGCGCUGUCGCGAACAGGCGGCAGCGCACCCUCAGCAGCUCCUGUUGCGCCUUAUCAAAGCGCUCCAGCUGGCCCUCCUUCCAAUCAGCAAUACUAUCCCCCCUAUGCACAACAUGCCUGGCAGCCGCCACCACCUCCUCCCCGCCGGGACUGGAGGGAUUGGUUCAUUAUGGCUACUGUAGUCGGAGGAGUGUCCUAUGGUCUUUACGAGCUCGGAAAGCGCUACGUAUACCCUAUGGUUGCACCUCCGACACCGGAGAAGUUGGAACAGGAUAAGAAAUCGAUUGAGGACCAAUUCGACCGAGCUUUCACACUAGUUGAACAGCUAGCAAAGGAUACAGAGAGCUUGAAGAAUGCCGAAAAGGAGCGAACUGAGAAGCUUGACGCGGCGAUCGCAGACCUCGAGACAGUUAUGACCGACCUCAAGGCUGCCAACCGACGACGCGAGGACGAUGCGACCCGAAUCAGGGACGAGGUCCAAUCUCUCAAGGACGCGAUUCCCAAGGCUCUCGAGAACCAGAAGUCCCUGACUGAUGGUCGCCUGCGCGAGAUCAAUACUGAGCUUACCAGCCUCAAGACAUUGGUUUCUCAGCGCAUGACCACCCCCAGCGCCACAACUCCCUCUUCAACCAUGAACUACAUGCGAAACGCAGGUGGCAGCGCAACUACUCCUGCUGCUGCUUCCACUCCCGCUGCCUCUACCCCUGCGGCAAAGACCAGUGGGGAGAAGGCCACGGUUGAGUCUGCCACUACUACCCCUGCCGCAGAGAUCCCUAAGCCAACAUUCCCCUCUGCUCCUCAGCUCAACCGCUCAUCUUCGCCUCUUGCCAACAUGUCAGGCAAGAAGGCCAUUCCCGCCUGGCAGAUGGCCAUGGCUAACCAGAAUGAUACGUCCUCGACUCAGGUCAAGGCCGAUGAGACCAAGGCCGGAGCGAGCUCAAGCUCUUGA